GGUGACCUCUGACCUGCGAACCGGAUGUGAACCUUCAGGCCGGUGGCAAGAUGGCGGCCGCGGAGCCGUGAACUCGAAACGAUUUAAAAUAUCUCCGUCCGCCUGGGCCCGGGGGGCAAGGGCGUGAUUUACCGACAGGGAUGGGCGACACAGAGAAAUUCUACUAUGUUUACAGCUGUGACCUGGAUAUUAACGUCCAGCUGAAAAUUGGAAGCUUGGAAGGCAAACGGGAGCAAAAAAGCUAUACAGCUCUUCUGGAGGAUCCAUUGCUCAAAUUUUCAGGCUUGUACCAGGAAACUUGCUCUGAUCUCUACGUGACAGGCCAAGUGUUUGCAGAAGGAAAACCUUUGGCUCUUCCUGUUCAGACUUCUUAUAAAGCUUUCAGCACAAGAUGGAACUGGAAUGAAUGGUUAAAAUUACCUGUGAAAUAUCCAGAUUUACCACGGAAUGCUCAAGUUGCUCUCACAAUCUGGGAUGUUUAUGGACCUGGAAAAGCUGUCCCGAUUGGAGGAACUACUGUUAGCCUUUUUGGAAAAUAUGGCAUGUUUAGACAAGGCAUGCAUGACUUGAAAGUUUGGCCAAAUGUGGAAGCAGAUGGGUCUGAGCCGACUAAAACAGCAGGCAGAACUAGCAGCAAUGUAUCUGAAGAUCAGAUGAGCCGUUUGGCAAAGCUCACCAAAGCGCAUCGUCAAGGUCACAUGGUGAAAGUUGAUUGGCUGGACCGACUGACUUUUAGAGAGAUAGAGAUGAUAAAUGAGAGUGAAAAAAGAAGCUCUAAUUUUAUGUAUCUUAUGGUUGAAUUUCCACGUGUUAAAUCUGAAGACAAAGAAUACAGUAUUGUUUAUUAUGAAAAGGAUGGUGAUGAAUCAUCUCCAAAUCUAACAAGCUCAGAGAUUGUCAAAGUGCCAGACCCUCAGAUGUCAAUGGAGAACUUAGUAGAAAGCAAGCAUCAUAAACUUGCUCGAAGCUUGAGAAGUGGACCUUCGGAUCAUGACCUGAAGCCAAAUGCUGCUACCCGUGACCAGCUUAAUAUUAUUUUAAAUUAUCCUCCCACUAAACUACUGUCCUCUGAAGAACAAGAUCUAGUUUGGAAAUUUAGAUAUUAUCUCACCAACCAAGAAAAGGCUUUGACUAAAUUUUUAAAGUGUGUAAAUUGGGACUUGGCCCAAGAAGCUAAACAAGCCUUGGAGUUAUUAGGAAAGUGGAAACCAAUGGAUGUGGAAGAUGGUCUUGAGUUGCUUUCCUCCCAAUUCACUAAUCCAACUGUAAGACGGUAUGCUGUUGCUAGGUUACAGCAAGCUGAUGAUGAGGAUUUGCUCAUGUACCUGCUUCAGCUUGUCCAGGCUUUAAAGUAUGAAAACUUUAAUGACAUAAAAGUUGGAUUAGAACCAAACAAAAGAGAUAGUAAUCAAACUGCAAUGAAUGAAAGUAUGUCUGGAUCGUUAACUGGUGCCUCAGAAAUGGAGAGGUAA